AUGUCCUUUUCAAGGAACCGGUACGAUCAAUCAAAGAGGGAACGAUCUGUUUCACCUCAGAGACACAGGAGUUACGCAAACAGAAUUCGUAAGACAAGGCCUUCAGGAGAAAAUGACGAUGAACGCGAUGCACCUAGAGUUCGUGAAUCCAGAGAAAAGGCUUUUUUGAAACAACAAAAGCUAUUAAAAGCCAUCAUAAGAGUGAAAGAGGAUAGAGCCGGUCUUUUUGAAAAGCUUUUGGUAAGCCUUUCUCUGCUUUCACAGCAAAACAAUCAAGGCGGAAUUUAUAAUGGAAGCAUGGAUUUGACCGGAUUGGACAUGUUUGACCCAAUUUUUACGAUAAAGGUUGCAGCAGUCGAAGACAUAAAUAUCCUCUUGGAAAGUAUACCUGAAAUACUGACAUUAACGGAUGAUACUACGAGCUUAAGCUUUUGGAAGUCUGUGUCCCAACUGGCCGUUUCGUUCUUGGAGCUUGAUCAACACGGGAAUGCUUCACGAAGCUUGAAAACUGUUGCUGAAGAUAUUCAAAACAUCCUCGCCCCAAAAAAUUUUGAGCAACUGGUAAAGUUGGAAACACAAGUACAAGGAAAACUCCAAAGUAGAGAGCCAAUUGACACGGAUUAUUGGGAGGAUUUACUAAAAUCCAUACAAGCCUAUAAGGCAAUGGCAUAUCUUCGCGACUUGUUUUCUCAACCGCUAGAGCAACGAAAGCAGAAAAUGGUUCAGCAUGAAAUGGAAAAGGCAAUUUCCGAUGCAAAUUUCUUACGCAAGCACCAAAAUGAUACGCCUACAACGAAACUUUACCAAUUACCAAUUGACCCCGAUCCAUUAUAUCAAAUAGAUACCAUCUCCAAAACGGCAGAACCUAUAGAGCAAAGAGAUUAUGAAGACAGUUUGUCUGAAAAAAUCGAGGCCAUAAAAGGCAGCAUUUACAUCCCUACAUCCUUCCUUAUCAAAAAGCAAAGCAAACAACCUCAGAAAAACUUGAUCUCCGACACUGAGGAAGAUUUUUUCAAUACUGUUAGUGCAAAACUCGAACGUGAAUACCUCAAAGCUGGAGGCGAAGAAGAGCAAGAAAUGUUUGGUGACUUUGUGGAAGGACAAGUAAAAGCGAAAAGCCAAGAUGGAAUACAAUUGAAGAAGCCUAAGUAUUUUAAUAAAGUCAUGUUAGGUUUUGAGUGGAAUUCAUACAAUCAAGCACAUUACAAUGAAGCGCACCCACCUCCAAAAGCCGUGCAGGGAUACCGGUUUAACAUCUUCUAUCCCGACUUGAUCGGUACUACUCGUUCACCUACAUACAAGAUUGAGCGUGGCCCGAGAGCUGACAGAGAGUCGGCAAUGACACAAGAUAAUGUUUGUAUAAUACGUUUUAUCGCAGGGGUACCAUACCAAGAUAUUGCUUUUUGUAUCGUGGAUAAAGAGUGGGACUAUAGUGCCAAGCGUGAACGAGGGUUUAAAAGCAGUUUUGAUAAUGGUGUUUUAUCACUACAUUUCCAGUUUAAGAAAACACAUCACAAGCGUUGA